AUGCAGAGCAUCGUCCUGGUCAUCACAAUUAAUCUUCGAGAAACAAGAGUGAUACAGAGUAACCCAGAAGCAGAAAUGUGGAGGCUGCCCGCCUGGGCGGCUCACGGUACGGACGCGCACGAAAUGAUAGUGCCCUUGCCCUGGGGCCUGGGCUAUGGUAUUUUGCGUAUGCUAGGGAUCGCCUGUGUGGUUGCUGUUUAUGGGGAUAGUGAAAGCAGUGUUAAGCAAGUUAUCAAGUCUUCUUCAGUCAGCUUCCUUGCUACCUGCAUAAUCCGUGAAAUAUUUUUGGGGGUGUAUCUUCAGGUAGUGCUGGACUUGGAUGAGACAUUAGUCUGUGCUUACGAGUCAUCGAGCCUUCCUGCUACCGUGCGUACCCAGGCGAUCGAAGCAGGGUUGCAUUGCUUUGACAUGGAGUGCAUAUCAUCUGAGAAGGAUGCCCAAGGCAGACAGAGGAUGAACCGUGUAACUGUAUUUGAGCGUCCUGGUCUGCAUGAGUUCUUGCAGCAGACUAGUGAAUUCGCCGAUCUUAUACUCUUCACAGCUGGUUUGGAAGGAUAUGCAAAGCCCUUGGUUGAUAGGAUAGAUGCUCACAACAGGUUCUGCCACCGUCUCUACAGACCGUCAACUGUUAAUACGGAAUACAGAGACCAUGUAAAGGAUCUUUCUUGUUUGUCCACAGAUUUCCGUAAAAUUGUACUUGUUGAUAACAAUCCAUAUAGUUUCCUACUACAGCCACUGAAUGGGAUACCGUGCCUUACGUUUUCAGCUAGACAGCCCGUGGAUAACCAGCUCAUGGGAGUGAUCUUUCCGCUUCUCAAGCAUCUCUCUCUUCAAAAGGAUGUUAGACCGGCGCUAUAUGAUACAUUUCAUAUGCCAGAGUGGUUCCAAAGAAAUGGGAUCCCAGAUAGUGUUGGUCAGGCAAGGUAAGUUUCGCAGCAACCGAAUUGGAUUAUAUUAGGUGAAAGCUCAAAGGCGAGCUGCUCGUCUGGGGAGUAUACUUGUACAUUUAUAUCCAUUUGGGUCCUUCCAUACGAGGCAUUGUUCAAAUGGAGUUGCCAUGCCCGGAGACAAGAAGGAAAAUGUUAUGUAGGUUUUGGCAGACAUUUUCAUGUCAUGAACCAUAACUUAUCGCUGUAUAGCACUUUUUUUUUUGCUGUUGUUGACGGCUGAGAUAAUCCGACUAAAGGUUUUGUGUGUAUGAAGAGUAAAAGAGUGAAGUUUGAUCGAGGUUCUACACUUA